CAGUCAGAAUCGCUGUUUCCAGUACUUUGGAAGGAAAAAUAUCAACACAAUGAGACGGGCUUCGCAAAGACUUGCAGGAUUUUUAACACGUCAGUUAUUCAGCAUCGUUCCAAGAGAUCAGAACUGUUCUUUCACAUUGAAACACGAUUUCCAUUAAGCUUUCGAUGGAUAAAAUGGCAUCCGCUCCUCCUUACAUUCCUGCUACACGCGUAGUGUCAGCAACGACUGGACCUGAACCGGCCCAAGUUAUCUGCCCAGCUUGCCAUGCGGAGAUCGUUACGCAGAUUGAACAUCAGCCAAACACCAAAACGCACAUCUACGCUUUACUGCUGUGUUUGGCACUGUGCUGGCCCUGUGUCUGUCUUCCAUAUUGCUGCACCUCUUGCCGCGAUACCGUUCAUCGGUGCCCUCGCUGUAAAUCAUUUAUUGGUGUGUACCGGCGCUAAAGUUUGGCACAUUGCAGAUGCAUUAAACUGAUACCAAC